AUGCUUGCACUAGCCUCCGAACACUUUGAAUUUAGAGGACAAAACUUCAAUGAAGGGCAUGUGCUGGAAGGAUAUUUGGAAUAUAACAAGUGCUGGAAGGAUAUUUGGAAUAGGAUAAGUGCUGGAAACGGUUUUGUUUGGAAUGGAAUAGGUGCUGGAAAAAAUGUGACUUGGCUUGGCAUGAUUAGCUUGGACUUGGAUAAUCUAAUGGUUGAGUUGAAUCAAGAUAUAGCUUGA